UCCCUGCGGCGGGACUCCCGGGAGCCGGGGAGCGGCGGUUCUCGGCUCCUCAGCGGGGCGCAGGGCCGUCGGCUUCCGGGACGGCCGGGUCCACCCUGGUUCCGCCUGGGCCCUCCGCUGCUGGCCUGGGCCGGUCCCGCCCGGACCCUUCCCUGGCCCAGGCCUCCCGCCUGCCUGGGCUGCUCAGCCUCGCUGCCCUUGGGUCCACAGGCCGGGAGGUGAACAUCGCCCCGCGGGUGACAGUGCAGAGCCCUGUGAGGGAGGCAGGAGGUGCCCAGGACAAGGGAGGGGCACCUGCUGCCGACUGUCAGGGCCUGGAGCCUUCCGGCAGGCUCUGCAGGAACCUUCUCUGGUGGCACUGGGACUCGAACCCCGGCCUGUGCAUGUCAGGCAAGCCCCUACCCCUGAGCUAUCCCCCAGCCAGGCCCCGGGACCCUGGUGCCAACAGAAAGGGCAAGAACCCGUGGCCAGGAACCUCAGCCCAGGUGGCUCAGGUGCUCGGACCUGUGCUUGGUGCUUAGAGCUGGACUCGCACUGCAUCCUUCAGGGCAGUGUCCUCCGGGUUUUCAGAGCCUGCAGAGCAUCCAGCUCAGGUAGAUGCGGUCCCCAGGCCAGAGGUGAGGGACUGAGCCUGCGCUCCCACAGCUGUCCCUCCGCCUGGCCUCUGAGCCAGACAGCGCCGUGCGGCAGGGAGCACGUCCCGGGAGCGAGAGGAGAGGCAGACAGAGCGGGGCUGCUGCCCGGGGAAGGGAGACCAGAGAGGGCCAGGCUGUCACCACGGACUGGCUUCAAAGAGCCUCAGCCCGGUCUGCCAACUGGGGAGCCACACAGGCCAGCUGUGAGGGGCAGAUCCCCUCCAUGGAAGCUGCUCGCUGGGGUAAGGGGCCCUAGGACAAAGGAUGCAGAAGCCUGUGUGAAAAUAAGGAACCAGCAGAAACCCAUCCAAGGACAGAAGAGGUGAAGCGUGGGCCGGGAAGAGUGACCCAGCCCACAGUCUUGCUCCGCGGUAUGAGUCCGUGCCCUCCGUUUCCGACUCAGAACUGCGAGCGUCGUCGGGUGAGCUCCGGGCAGUGCCGCUGACCGCUGCCCCGUGACCUCCUCCCGGCCCAGGUCGAGUCCAGGCCCGCGAUGGACGAAGGCGCCGAGGUGGCGGGCGAGGGCAACUCCCUGACCAAGGCCGUGCACCAGGGCCGGCUGCGCCUCACCCGCCUGCUGCUGGAGGGCGGCGCCUACAUCAACGAGAGCAACGAGCGCGGGGAGACGCCCCUGAUGGUGGCCUGCAGGAGCCGGCACCCCGACAGCCAGGGCGCCGGCAAGGCCCGCAUGGUGCGGUACCUGCUGGAGAACCAGGCCGACCCCAACAUCCAGGACAAGGCGGGCCUGACGGCGCUGAUGCACGCGUGCCUGGCGCGCGCGGGGCCCACCGUGGCCCGGCUGCUGCUGGACGGCGGUGCUGACCUGGGCCUGCAGGACCGCGCGGGCUGCUCAGCGCUGGUGCACGCCAUCCACGCCGACGACGGGGACAUGCUGCAGGUGCUGCUGAGCGCCUGCCGGGCCCGCGGCAAGGAGGUCAUCAUCAUCACCACCGCCACGUCGCCGUCGGGGCGGCACACGACCAGGCAGUACCUGAGCUCGCCGCCCGGGCGCGCCUGUGCCUCCCCCUCCGAGGUGGACGUCGGGCCGGCGCAGGCUCCGGAAGCCCAACGGGCACUCUUUGGCGCCGGAGCCCCGGAGCCCCCCAGCGGCGCCGAGGGCUCCUGGGACCCAGGUUCGCCUGUGGGGAAGCCGAAGCCACCCCCGGCCGCGGCCCGGGGCAGGAGCGCACCGGGCCUGAAGCACCAGCACAGGGUGGCCUCGCUGCAGGAGGAGCUGCUGGACGCGGCCGCCGAGGAGGAGCCCCCCAGCCGCACGCCCGGCCUCCCCAAGCGCCUGGGCACCAGGCACCAGAGCAUGAAGGACGUGAAGGACGCCGCCCUGCUGCUCCGCCCCUGGGAGCCGGCCGAGCCCAGGAAGCUGCCCUGCGACGAGGGCCACCCACCGAGCCCCGAAGACCAGUGGGCCCAAGACGCAGACCCCAGCCAGGCGGCCUGCGCGUCCACUCUGAGCAGCAUUGUGCAGAGGCGGAGCUCGGGGGCGAACCACUACAGCUCCGACUCCCAGCUUGCGGCCCGGCCCGGCCCUGCGGCCUCGGCCUCGGAGAACGGCAGAGCUCUUCCAGGAAAGAAGAAGGUCCUGUCCCCCUCGCCCUCACUGCCGUCUGGGUCCAGGGAUGCGCUGGAGAGUGUCCCGCCGGCGCUGGGCAGGCGGGGCCAGGCAGUCCUGGAGAGGCGAGGGUCUGGGGCCUUCGCUUUAGACCACAGCGUGGCCCAGACCCGGCCCGGGUUCCUGCCGCCCCUUAAUGUGAGUGCCCACCCUCCCGUUCCCGACGUGAACUUUGUCAGCAACAGGCUUUGCAGCCUCCUGUCCUGCGGUCAAAGAGUGCUUGUGCCAACGGUUCCCGUUUUCCCUAAAGAAUUCAAAAGUAAGAAAAUGCUGCUAAGGAGACAGUCAUUGCAAACUGAGCAAAUUAAGCAAUUAGUAAACUUUUGAGAGGGCUGCAAGACACUUAAAUGUCUGCAACAGAGAGAUAGGCAUCUGGGGAAAGAAUCUUAAAUGCCAGUCCUUCAGGUCACACGAUUAGUGUGAUAGUCCACCACUAUCAGGCAGACCAGACUAGAAUGUGUUUGGUUUUAGGCACUGUGAACAUACAAAUAAUAUAUAGCUAGGAGACUUCUCUCAAACCAAAUGAAAGCUACUUUUGGGAAAGUUCCAAUGUUAUCAACCUUCAUGUGGUCCAAGUUUUCCAUUUAAACAAAAAUCAGCAAAGAAAGGCCAACUAUGUUGGAGAUGGUUUUUUUUUGUUUUUUUUUUUUGGUACCGGGGAUUGAACUCGGGUCCUUGCGCUUGCGCAGCAGGCGCCGAAACCACUGAGCUAAAUCCCGGGACCUGGAGAUAAGUUUUUAAAAUGUCAGAUUGGCUUAAUAUGUUAUUAGAAAACAAUGUUUUCAAGUCAAUUUUUAAACAUGUCAAGUCAACAAAUAAGAUUGUAACUUUCCAUGAUGCCAAAGGCAUAAAACACUAAGAGGUAUAAAUCCUGUAGCAUCAAUGAGCCUAGGCUGCAAAGAAUGACCAAAUUAUUUACAAAAAUUAACUGCAGGCAGGUAAAAUCUAAAAUUUUAAAAGAUCAAAAAGUAUAGAUAGAAUAGUCAGCUACAUGAUGUUAGUUAAUACAAGCUGCUAUAAUCCAUGCUGAGUUCGUUGUUUUCUUUGUGUUUUAAACACACCUACCUAUAUUGUUAUCUUUUGGAAUUUUUCCUCCUCUGUAUCUUUUAAUCCCUAUUAUUCUAUCUGGAAGCUUAUUAUAAGUUUCCGGUAACAAGAUAACACAAAAGUUAAAAAUGUUAAAAACCAUUCCUCUUCACUUAAAUUAUUCUUGGCUUCCAAAAAGAAACAAAAAAAAGAAAGAAAAGAAGCACCCUAACCAAAAAAGUUUGGGAUUUGUCACAAAUAGAAACUAAAUGCUUGCUUCAUUAAAAAACAAAACUGAUUAUUAGUUUAGGUUAGCAAAAAUUACUAAAGCCAAUAGAAAAUCACAAAAUGUAGUAAAUAUUUGGUCACACAAUAUCAUUUCCAAUAUGUAGUUAUUAGAAUUCACAUAAUAAGGAUAAAUAAAGAUAACAUCCUACAUGUGACAUUCCAGUCAUCUAGUAUUUUAGGACUUAUAAAUAACUCCUAACAACUUCUAUUAUAAAAUACUGAAAAGUGACUGUUAGCUAUAUGACUUCAAAGUAUGAUGUUUACGCCAAUAAUCCUCAUUUCAAUCUAUCAGUUCUUAAAGAAUAAAUCAAACUACACAAAAGCUGAGCGUACCAAUCUGAUGAUUGUCGAAUACAGAUUUAUUUCUUUGCUUUCUCUAAGUAGGAGAAAUCCUAAUUCUUGGCAUGAUGCUUUUCUUGGUGAUUUGAUAUAAGCAACUUGCUGUGUACAGAGUAAUUAGUUACUUGUGGGUUUCAUUUUUUAAAGUAUUUGGAGUUUUCCACUUUAUGUUUUGAAGCAAAUAAUAUUAAUUACACUAGAAUUUUUUUAUCUAGAACUUAAAAAUUUGUAAGAGCUAAAUGCUUUUACCAAGAAAAGUGCUGGCCUUCAGGUUUUAAGGAUGAGGUUUGGAAGGACAUGUAAAUAGCUUUAGUUCAUAAACAAAAUGGUAUCAAUAAAGGUUUAAAACAUCA